GUCACUUUACUGCAGCGAAAUCCAAAGCGUUUGAACGGUUCCGUGCACUUUUAUUUGCAGGGUAAUCGCUUAUUGACAGGUCUUUCGAAUGGAUCUGCCUUGUAGCGAGUGGGUUCGGCUUGUCGAGCAGAAAUGGACGGAAAUGAAAACUGAAGGAACUGAGCGCUUUUGCCUACUUACGGAUACAGAUGCCAUAUUCAGCUACGGGCUGUCGUUGAUAUGCCCAGAAGAUCUCAACAGGUUUUCCGGAAUCUCCGAGAAGUACUCCGUGAAAAAGUCUCCCGAGAGGGUAUCUGAGUUUAGACAGCAGGGUAACCUCAGCUUCAAAGUCAAGGAUUAUACAGCUGCAGCACUGUAUUACUCAAAGGGUGUUUGCCAUGCUGGCAAGAAUACAGAAGAGCUAUCAUUGUGCUAUGCUAACCGUUCUGCUGCCCUCUUUUACAAAGGCCUCUAUAAAGAAUGCCUUAAGGAUAUCCUGCGCUCUUUGGAGGCCGGUUACCCAAGUCACCUGCAUGACAAACUGAGAGCUAGACAGAGCGCUUGCCUAAACCAGCUUAAAAAACUUGAAAGAUCUAACCAGCCAAACACAAACCAUCCAACACCAUCGUGCCAGAAAAGUAGAAAGAAUAAAACUUGUAUUUCACCUGGUGUGUCUGUAUACUUCAGCCCAGAGAAAGGUCGUCACAUAUUAACUACUGAAAAUAAACAAGCUGGUGAGGUCGUUCUGGAGGAUGAGGCCUUCUGCUGCGUACUUAUACCUGAAAAAAAAAACAAUACAAUGACCGAAAAGGCAGGAAAGAUGUUUAAUACUGAAGAUCGACACUGUCACCACUGCCUGAGCCAAUCACUGAGCUUUGUGCCCUGUCCAAAUUGCAGUUACGCUCGAUAUUGUGGAGAGAGUUGUCAAAAAGAUGCUUGGGAGAGCUGGCACCAAUGGGAGUGUCCAAUUGGAGCAGAUCUGCUGGCCAUUGGGGUUUUAGGUCAUCUUGCACUAAGAGUGACCCUAAAAGCCGGACAAAAUGAGGUUAAAACGGUGGAAAAAAGCACUUCACAAGAAGACCGUGUUACAUGUAGCUCUUAUAAAAGUGAUUUGCCAGUCAAAUUGAGUCUUGGAGAUCCCUGUAGAGAACGUUCAGACCACACUGACUGCUAUCAUGGCGACUCGUACACGGGCAUCUACAGCCUUUUACCGCAUGUGGCACAACACUCACCCAGCUCACGCUUUUUACUGGCAGUCACCAUGGCACUGCUUUAUAAGAGACUGCAAGGUGGACCCCUGCCAGACAUGUGGGCAUCUUCCGGGGAUGAAGGAGAACGUGGACCAUGGCAGCCUGAGAUGAGCAUGCUGGGAACCACUGCUCUGAGGCACAUGAUGCAGCUCAGAUGUAAUGCUCAAGCAGUCACUGCUGUUAUGGUCGAAGAAGAAAGUGGCGUGGCUGUUCAGUCCAGUAACGAAAUCCGCAUUGCCACAGCAAUUUUUCCUGUUCUCAGCCUGCUUAACCACUCCUGCAGUCCAAACACAAGCAUCUCCUUCACCACAGGCCGUCAUUUCGUCCGUUCUGAAUGUGACGUUGACCGUCCGGAAACCUCUCGCGGGGGUGUGACGGUCACUGUACGUGCUUCAAAAGAUCUUACACCAGGACAGGAGAUUCUGCACUGUUAUGGUCCUCACUGUAGCAGAAUGGAGGCGACGGAGCGCCAGCGCCUCCUGCUGGAGCAGUACUAUUUCCACUGUGACUGUCAAGCCUGUCAGAGAGACCUAACAGAAGGAAGCCAGAAUGCAACAGAAAACGCAGCACCAGGGCUGAAGUGUGCGAAAUGUGGAAAGCCUCUUCAGGUAAACAUUUGCAGAAAAGCUCAACCGGUGCUUCGCUGUGUGUGUCUUGAUGUAUGCUGUACAUUUCAGUCCCACAUGGAUAGGUACAUGUGCUCGUGGCCGUCCUGUGGUCAUCAGAUCUCCAGUGCUGAUGUGCAAAACAAACUAAAGGGUUUCCGGUGUCUCUUGGAUGAAGCCUUUCAUCUCAUUGAGCGAGACAGAUUUGACGAAGCCCUAAAAAUCCUAAAAUCAGCUACUUCUCAGGCAAAUAGCAUCCUAACAGAGACUCACCCUCUUCAAGGAGAGCUAGCAGAUGCAACAGCUCGUGUGUACGCCACCACAGGUGAGUGGAUUCUGGCUGCGUCCCAUCUGAAGCGUAGCAUUGUUGCCAUUCAGGCCCAAUUUGGAGAGGACAGCAUUGAGCUGGGACAGCAGCUUUUUAAACUAGCACAGCUGUAUUUUAAUGGGGGAGACUGCGGGGCGGCUCUCUCUGUGAUUCCCAGGGUCCAUAAGCUCCUCUCUCUCCACUGUGGCCCUCACUCUGAAGAAGUGCAGGAACUGCAGGAAAUGGAGCGUUGUCUGCAAGGACUGCUGUGAAAUAACUGCUAAAACUGAACUGUAGUUUCAUCAAACGUAAUAAAUUCAAAACCAUUUUUUUUACAGGAUGUAUUAAAAGUCAUGAAUUAACAAUGUGAUGUUGUUGUGGGCUCAACUAUUAUUCUGAUAUUUUUACAUCUGAUAUUUAGUGAGAAAGUAGUAAUUCAUAUCUGAAUGUAAAAAUGUAUAAUACAUUUAUAUAAUAAUAAGUUACAUAAUGUUUAAUAUGUAUUUUUAAAUUAUGUAAAAAAAUAUAUAACAGCAAAAAAAAGUACAACUAUAAAUUCAAUUCUAAAAUUAAAUGUACUAAAAAUGGUGCCAAGUGUUGACAGAGCAAGUAAAAAUCAUGUAUUUGUCAUUAUCUGAAGCCCAAAUGAUGUACUUGGGUUUAAAGAUCAUAUGUUCAUAUAUGUGAGCAAUAAUAGUCUGCAGACACCAUUAUUUAAACCUGAUU